AUGAAUGUGAACCAGGGGACUGUGGGCAGCGACCCGGUCAUUCUGGCCACGGCUGGAUACGACCACACUGUCCGCUUCUGGCAGGCCCAUAGCGGGAUCUGCACUCGGACAGUCCAGCACCAGGAUUCUCAAGUCAAUUCACUUGAGGUCACGCCUGACAGGAGUAUGAUAGCAGCAGCAGGUAGGUCAAGAAAUCUGCAGUGUCAGAGGAUUUUUCAGGUCAAUGCUCCAAUCAACUGCGUUUGUCUGCAUCCCAACCAGGCCGAGCUGAUUGUUGGAGACCAAAGUGGAGUAAUCCACAUCUGGGAUUUAAAAACUGACCAUAAUGAGCAGCUCAUUCCGGAAUUAGAGGUCUCUGUCAACUCUGUUCACAUCGACCCAGAUGCCAGCUACAUGGCAGCAGUCAACAGUUCGGGAAACUGUUACGUGUGGAACCUCACUGGAGGAAUGGGAGAUGAAGUCACUCAACUCAUUCCCAAGACCAAGAUCCCAGCACACAAACGCUACUCCCUGCGCUGCAAAUUCAGCCCAGACUCCACACUACUGGCCACCUGCUCAGCAGACCAAACGUGUAAGAUUUGGAGGACGUCCAAUUUCUCACUUAUGACUGAGCUGAGCAUCAAGAGCAACAACCCUGGGGAGACAUCUAGAGGCUGGAUGUGGGACUGCGCCUUCUCUGGAGACUCUCAGUAUAUUGUUACAGCCUCUUCAGACAACCUGGCUCGUCUGUGGUGUGUUGAGACCGGUGAGAUCAAGAGGGAAUACAGCGGCCACCAAAAGGCUGUGGUGUGUCUGGCCUUCAAUGACAGCGUGCUUGGCUGAGGAAGGAGGCAAACCGGAGACAAGGGUCUACAGACAAUUUGCUGAGUGAGGAAGUACAGUUGGCUGCACAAUUUGGGAUUAUUUAAACCGUUCCCCAGAAUGUCAAUUUUUUGGUCAAACA